AUGAAUCAUAAGCUUUAUAAACGUUUGGAAUAUGGAAAAGGAAAUAUUUUGGAAAAGCCAUUUUCAAACAAUACUGAAACUCUUUUGCCACCAAACUGUCCAAAAAUUACAAAUAGUUAUCAAAAUAUUGGUUCAAUGCUUUAUGAAUCAAAGAAUUAUGAUGAAGCAUUGGAAAAUUAUGAAGAAUGGUUAAAUGCUCGAGUUAAAACAUUAUCGUCAUUUCAUUUGUCUGUGUUCAAAACAUACAGAAGAAUUGGAAGAAUAUUAAAAAUAACAGACACCAAUUAUUAUGCAUCGACUAUAGGAGUGGAUUUUCAAAUCCGAACAAUUGAUAUUGAUUCAAAAUAUGUUAAACUUCAGAUAUGGGAUACAGCUGGUCAAGAUCGUUUCAAAUGUGUUGUUAGAAAUUUUUAUCGUGGAGCUCAUGGUGUAUUACUGUGCUAUGAUAUAACAGAUAGUGAAAGUUUUCGGAAUAUUGAAGAAUGGGCAAAUGAAAUACAACGAUAUUGUCCUCAAAGUAUCCCGAUUUAUUUGAUUGGAACAAAAUCGGAUUUAAAGACAGAACGAGCAGUUUCUUAUGAACAGGCAAACGAAUGUGCUGAGAAAAGAGGCAUUCAAUAUAUUGAGACAAGUUCAAAAACAAACUAUAAUGUACAAAAGACAUUUGUUAAUUUUGCCAAAACACUAAUUCAACAUUCAGAUAAAGGGCUAACAAUCGAUGAUUCAAAAGACACGUUUAAGUCCAAUGUAAAGAACGCUCGUAAAGUGAAUGCAGUCAAAUCGUCAUCAUGUACCAAUGAAAAGUCAUGUUCAUUACUGUAA